GUAGCCCAACCAAACUUAAAAAACAAAUAGAAAAAAAGAAAAAAAAAUUACACACCAAACUGAAUGACGGAACAACUAUUUGAGAGAACAAACUCAACAGCGCCGCUGUAACACAAACACUUACACAAAGCAAACUGAGGCACAGAACAGAAAUAAUCACUCAAAAGCCCAAACAAAACCCUCUCUCUGUUCCACAAAGUCACAGAGAAAACGACCGCCAAAACCGCCCACUCUUUCUUCCUGUUAUGCUUCUUCAAUCACUUGCGUACUGAAAAGAUAGAGAGAGAGAGAGAGAGAGAGAGAGAGAGAGAGUGUGUGUGUGUGUGUGUACGAGAUUUUUUUUAAUAAAGAGAGAAUAAGAGUGGUAUGGGAGUGGAAAAAGGUGAAAUUUAUUGAAAGAAAGCAAAGAGGGAAUCUUUUUUUGUCUUAUGGCAUGCCUAAGGAAGAAGAAGAACACCAUUGAAGGCCUCAUAGUUGAUGAUUCUGCUCUUUUCUUGGUCCACCCCACCAACCCACUUGCCGAUCUUUGUCAAAAAUUUAAUCUUUUGUUGCUGAUUUUCUCUCCAACUCAAUGAAAAUCUUCUGGGUCCUUUUCCGGUUUCUUACCAUGUUCUUGAUCUUCUUCUCUUCAAUUGUUUCUCUGACAGUGCAAGGAUUCACUGGAACCUAUGGAAUAAAUUAUGGACGAAUUGCAGAUAACAUCCCUUCACCUGAUCAAGUUGUGACUCUUCUCAGAGCAGCAAAAAUAAAAAAUGUAAGAAUUUAUGAUGCUGAUCACAGUGUAUUAAAGGCCUUCAGUGGAACUGGGCUUGAAUUAGUGGUUGGACUUCCAAAUGAGUAUGUGAAAGACAUGAGUGCCAAUGCAGAUCAUGCAGUGAGUUGGGUUAAAGAGAACGUGCAGUCGUUCCUUCCAGGGACAAACAUUCGUGGCAUUGCUGUGGGCAAUGAAAUUUUAGGAGGGGGUGAUACUGAGAUGUGGGCAGCUCUUCUGGGUGCAGUGAAAAAUAUUUACAACGCCACACAGACGCUUCAUCUAUCUGAUAUUCAGAUUACCACAGCACAUUCACAGGCUGUUUUUGCUAAUUCCUAUCCUCCCUCUUCUUGUAUAUUCAAAGAUAAUAUUGUUCAAUAUAUGAAGCCGCUCUUGGAGUUCUUCUCACAAAUUGGUUCUCCUUUCUGUUUAAAUGCUUACCCGUUCUUGGCCUAUAUGGGUGAUCCAGAGAAUAUUGAUAUUAAUUACGCUCUUUUCCAGUCAACCCAGGGGAUUGAUGAUACAAAAACCGAUCUGCAUUAUGAUAACAUGCUUGAUGCACAGAUUGAUGCAGCAUAUGCAGCUUUGGAAGAUGCUGGAUUCAAAAAGAUGGAAGUCAUUGUUACAGAGACUGGAUGGGCGUCACGUGGAGAUGACAGUGAAGCUGCAGCCACAGUAAAUAAUGCAAUGACAUAUAAUUAUAACCUGCGGAAAAGGCUUGCAAAGAGGAAAGGAACCCCUCUUAGACCAAAAAUGGUGGUGAAGGCUUAUAUUUUUGCAAUAUUUAAUGAAGAUUUGAAGCCUGGUCCAACUUCUGAGAGAAAUUUUGGACUGUUUAAGCCUGAUGGGAGCAUUGCGUACAAUAUUGGGUUUCAUGGGCUUAAAUCUUCAUCGGCAGAUACAUUGCUUUUGUCUUUGAAGGAUAUUCGAGCUCAAGAUUGGUCCAGGCCCCACUUCUUGGUAUCAGUAAUCUCAGCAGUGGCACUGCUUGUGUUCUUAAGAUAAUGAAUGAAUGAAAAAUGUCCAGGCUUGCCAGACCAGCAAAAGGCAUUCAAAAGUUCAUGAUUUGGUACUAUUUCAUGUCACACUCCAGAGACAGUACAUCAUUGAUCCUUGUCUUCAAUAUUUGCUAGAAAUUGGUGAUUAUUUUUUAUACGUCUCAGCAAAUGUAUAUUGGUUUUUGCCUUAUAAAACCGUUUCUUUUAAUCUGUCUAUUUUGCAUUCUCUCAUUGGCUUUCAUCGGUUUAAGUCUUUCGUGGACCCAUUUAUCUAUAUUUGCUUGUGUUCUGUACCA